GUCACGUGACUCGAGUCUUGUGACAGUGCUGCGAGCAGGAAAACCGUCGCUCGAGUUUGAUAAGGAGUUUCCGUCGUUAAGUCCUCCAGAUUUCUCUCAUAAACGAGAGAAAAAUCAACUAAAAAAUCGCUAUGGCGCAUGUUUAGGACGUUUGGCCGUCGUAAUAAGCAUUCCUGUCACUCGCACAGAGCGGGUCGAGUCGCAUGGGGAGAGUGGAGGAACUUUCGCUUUGAUCUUUUGUUUUGGUUUGUGUUUGUUAAGUUAGUCCGGUGAUCAUCCGCGGUAAAGAAGCUCGGGGAGAUUUCGUGUUAGUCUGCUGAAGUGCACAGGACGCCUCAGAUCGGAUAUGGAUACUAAACCUCUUCUCCAGGACAGACCCCCAGCCUACAACACAGUCCCGGCCGCCUACGACUACGGCUCGGUCCCCGCGGCGGGCUUCCAGCCUCCAGCCCCGCCGCCCUACCAAGGUUUCCCAGCAGCCACUUCAGGUUAUCCAGCGGCCCCGGCACCGCCUGCCGCCAUAGCCACCCAGCCAGCCUACACCAGCACCUACACCAUCGUGCAGCCCUCUGUGGUGGUGGUGGGGGGAUGUCCGGCCUGCAGGGUCGGCGUGCUGGAGGAGGAUUUCACCUGUCUGGGAAUCAUGUGUGCCAUAUUCUUCUUUCCUCUGGGAAUUCUCUUCUGCCUGGCCCUGCGUCAGAGGAGAUGUCCAAACUGUGGAGCCACUUUCGGCUAGAGGGACCAAAACCCUGUCGGCGUCUUUUUAAA